UUUUCUUCAGUUUAACUAUAUGACAUAAUCCAGAUAAGCAGUAUGCACUGGGAGAAAUCGUCACCAUCAGCACUGGCCAGGUCCAGACCGUACCAAGGUGUUCGAGUCAGAGACCCGGUCAAGGAGCUGCUGAGGAGGAAGAGAAGUCUGGAGCCGCACAGCAUCAAGACAGCGCCCCCUUCUGCAGAUGUGGUCACGCAUAACAACCAGUCAUUAUACACACAAGGCAUGUUUGGCUCUGAUGUUGCCGGCGGCUCCCCAGCCGAGCCGUUGACUGAAGUCAGUGAUGGAGGGCUGCAGUGUGCAGGAUGGAGAUCUGUUCCAGCUGCCACGAGCGCUGGACAGCAGCCUGCUGUAACACCCUGGUCCUCAUCUGACUACCAGCAGGACCUUUCAGCUCAGACUCUGGCUUACCCAGCCACCCCUACCCUCACUGCUGAUGUAUUCAUGCAGACACUUUGUCCCAGCUACACCAUGCUGACCUACACACACACACCAUUGCUCACUAACUUUGGGAACAUACCUGUGGCUCCAGCACCAGGCUCCCUCCCUCAGAUGGAGCUCCCAGACUCAGGGUUGACCUACCUCCCUUGGGCCCAGCCCAUCACCACCAUAUCUACCAUGCCGAACCCGGGAGUCCAGUUUUCUCCCGGCUCUGCAGCCCUGCCCGGGUCACCUGUGGUCCACAUGCCCUUGUCCAUGUCUUUGACCACCAUGAUUCCUCAGUUGGAGGCUCAGGGUGGAGGUCAUUCUCAUCCGCAGAUACUGGACCUCCCGCAACAUUCAGAACAUCAACUGGACCCUGAGCCACAAGACCAGUCUCGAAGCUCGAGUCUAGAGGCAGAGUCACCGAACCUCCUGGAUAAACUUCUGGAGGAGCAAAAGGGUGAUAGCGAAGAUGAGGACAAAGACUCGUACAGUAGCCAGCUCUUCAUUCCAAAUGUCUGAAAAUAUGAGUUUUCUUCUGUUCAUAGAGAGUAGCAUUUCUUCUGUUUGUUUCUCAGGGGCACCAUUAAAGGAUAAUUUGGCCAAAUUACAACUUAAUUUUGUUACUGUGGCUAUAAUUUGUAUUGAUUAUGAUAGCUGUAUUCACUAAAGUAAUUGCUGAGCUCGACGCUGAAUGAAUAACCAUGGGAAAGUGGGCUACUCCCCCCAAAUCCCAGCCACUUGCACCAAGAUUUUCUAUGUUCUGUGUAAUGCUUUUCUUGAGCUGUAAUUGACUUUUGUUCAUACAGCUGUUUCCUUUUUGCAGCAAAGUCUGGCAUGGAAAAACUGGAUAAAAAAGACACUGCUAUCUCUGUCAAUAGAAAUUAUGUCCGAGACAGUCACAGUCUUCUGAGAAACAGUUAGCCUUCAGUGCUGUCCAUCUCCUGAGGUGUCUGUAAAAGUGAUACAAUCUGCAAUUAAUGCUGUCAGUUAACAAGAGUCUGUAGCCACUUUAAACUAACUUCAUUGAAACUCAAACUGCAUCAGGCAAGAUCUUUAUGUCAAAUGAUAAAUAAGACUGUAGAUUCAUGCUACUGCGGAUACAAGAAAGAAAAGUUACUUAAAGGUCCCAUGGCAUGAAAAUUUCACUUUAUGAGGUUUUUUAACAUUAAUAUGCUUUCCCCCAGCCUG